AUGGCUACCAGCGCAAAGUCGGAGGUUUCGCAGUCCGUCAGGGCUCCGGCUGCUGGAAAGGUGCAUUAUCCUUUCUGGUUUGGGGGUUCUGCCUCGUGCUUCGCUGCGGGUGUCACUCACCCGUUAGAUCUUGUGAAGGUAUACAUUGCCUAA